AGAGCACAUAAUUUUGUCAGAAGUUGAAAAAUAAACAUAAAAGAUGGUCAAAAUUUGAUGAAUAGAAAAUUAGUACCCAAAUCCAUAAAGAUCUAAUUUUUAAAAAUACAAUCUUUUAUUUUUUCAGAUCAUGGAGAAUAGUGCUUAAAAAAACAAUCCUUUUUUUUUUUCAUAAGAAGAAGAAGAAGAAUCUGAACAAGACGAAGAAAAAGAAGAAAAAAUCCAUGGCUACAGCUCUAGUAUACCAGAUGUUCUCGUCAUCGGCGCUACUUUCUCUCGGAAUAUAUCACAUGGUGGCGUCGACGCGCCUCCACCUCAAGUCGCCGCAAUCCUACUCCGCCAAACCCUUCCACCCAUUCCCACCCUCCUCCUCCGCCCAUCCCCGGCUCAAACACCUCCAGCUCUACCUCAUCCUCGCCUGCCUCGUCCUCUCCUUCGCUCACAACACCAUCUCCUCCUUCGACUCCGACCCACUCCUCAAAGGCCAAACCCCAGUCCACCGCUUCACCUCCCUCCAAUCCGCCGCACUCUCCGCCCUCUUCUUCAUCCUAACCCUAACUCUCCUCCUCUCCGAUUCCUUCCCUUCCUUCCUCCCUCUCCCCACCGAUCUCUUCUUCGCUCUCGCCGCCGCCCUCUUCUUCCUCCUCUCCUCCCUCUCCGCCUCCUCCGCUUCUCUCCAAACCUCCGAUCUCCAAGCCAAAUGCGACUCCGUCUCUGCUCGCACCUCCGCCUUGGCUUCACUCCUCUGUAUAACACUAGCUUGUAACCCUAGACUCUUCGUCGCCGACCUCGGCCUCGGCGCAGCCAUAUGCCUCCACGGAUUGUGGAUGCUUCAGACCGGUCUCUCCCUCUACGUCGAGGCAUUCAUCCCGGAAGGCUGCCACCGGUUGUUGGACGUGGUCAGCGGCGUUGAGGGCUCCACCAAAUGUGAUUUGCAGGAGUCGAGCCUGAGGGCCGCCGCGGUUCUGGAUCUGGCUUUCUUGGUCCAUGUACUGUUUGUUUUUGUGAUACUCAUGGUGACUUAUGCUCUGGUUUCGAAGAGCGUUGGGGUUAGGAGAUUGGGUUCGUAUGAGGCCUUGCCCACUGCUACUCCACUUGACCAUAAUCACAUUCAGAUGAAGUCCAUGGCUGGCACCCAAGCUUAGCCUUGGCCCCAGAAGUUGAAGAAGAAAGCUUACAACUUUUUGUUCAUUUCGAGAGGAAUCUGAGGAAGAUAAUGGUGAAGCUAGAGGUUGGUUGGUUUCUCAUUCUUGAUAGGCAACAAAUGAGAAAAAAUUAGUUGAGACUUGUGGAUGAUCGGAGCCUCUUCUUGCUGCCAUUUCAAAACAUGUACAUCUACGAUUGAACACAAUUUUUGGUGAUCCCACUCAGUCAAUGGUACAAAUACACAUUUGUAUAAAUACAAAAGGGUUGUUUAGCUUGUGCUUUUGCCAUUGUGUGUCUCUGGAUUUUAAAUGUUGUGUAUGCCUUUGUUGUUGAUGAUGAUGAUUAAUAGAAGAGAGUUUGACAUGAA